AUGGACCAUUCGGAAAACUUCGUCGGCCAUGUUGUACGCUAUGCAAAGCCAGCGGUCGUUGUCGCCAUGUUGGAUCAAGAAAAGAAGAACGUCGUCUACAAUGUACGGUAUCGGCGUCUCUAUCUGGUCGGCCAAUUCCGGAAUUCGCUCCAGUUCCGAAAUGACCUUCGACCAGCGAGAAUCAGUGGCGUGGCCUACAAUGACUCGUUGCUAGAAAUCAUCACUCAACUCUAUGGUCGACGUAAGGAAGGCUAG